GUUGAAUGAUUGAACUUUGCAGCCGAGUCGCAGCGCCGCGCGGUCCCCGGCGGAGCUGGGAGCCUCGGCCCCGCGCCCCACCGCAGCCAUGGUGCCCCGGGCGCCCGGCGCGGCGCUGACCCUCUGCCUCUGGCUGGCGGCCUGCGGGCGCAGCCUGGCGGCCGGCCCGGGGGCGGCGGCGCGGCGGCUGGACGAGUCGUGGUCAGCCGGGAGCGUCCCGCGCGCCCGCUGCGCCUCCCGGUGCCUCAGCCUGCAGCUCACGCGCCUCUCCGCCUUCUUCCAGCUCUUCCAGAACAACGGCUCCCUGGACUGGUGCCAGAGUCACAAGCAGUGCUCCAAGUGCCUGGCGCCCUGCAAGGAGACGCGGGACCUGCAGAAGGAGGGGUGUCUGAGCUUCUGCGAGCCUCUGUUCCCCAAACGAAGCCACGAGUGCCUGACGAGCUGUGAGUUCCUGCAGCACGUGCUGGCCGUCAAGCAGGGGGACUGCCCGGCCCCCGAGAGGGCCAGCGGCUUCGCGGCCGCCUGCGUGGAGAGCUGUGAGCAGGACCGCGAGUGCUCGGGGGUGAAGAAGUGCUGCUCCAACGGCUGUGGGCACACCUGCCAGGUGCCCAAGACGCUGUACAAAGGCGUCCCCCUAAAGCCCAGGAAGGAGCUGCGGUUCGCGGAACUGCCCUCCGGGCACCUGGAGGUCAGGUGGUCCUCGAGGUUCAACGUCUCCAUCGAGCCGGUGACCUACGUGCUGCAGAGGAGGUGGAACGCGGGCCUGCACCCCAGCGAGGACGAGGCCACGGCCUGGCAGACGGUGGGGCAGACCACGGACGAGCGGGCACGGCUGGCGGACAUCCGGCCCAGCCGGUGGUACCAGUUCCGGGUGGCAGCCGUCAACGUGCAUGGGACCCGCGGCUUCACGGCUCCCAGCAAGCACUUCCACUCCUCCAGGGAUCCGUCGGCCCCUGCGGCUCCCGCCCGCCUCCGGCUCGCCAAUGCCACCAGCCACGGUGACGGGAGUGUGACCGUCACACUGGCCUGGGACGGGCCCCAGGAGCCGGAUGUCCCCGUGCACCACUACAAGGUCUUCUGGAGCUGGGCCACCCGCAGCGCAGGGGUUCCCGCGAGGAAGAGGCGCAGGAUGUCUGUGGACGGGUCCCAGAACUCCAUGGUCCUGGAGGGCCUGCAGCCGGACUCCGACUACAGCGUGGAGCUGCAGGCUGUGGCCUACUGGGGGCAGACGCGCCUCAAGAGCGCGAAGGUCGCCCUGCGCUUCACCCCCACGCCCGCCGCCAGCAACAAAGACCCGCUUGGGAAGGACAGAGGAGGGCCGAUCCGGCCACAGCCCCCUGCUCAGCGGCGCCGGCCCGCCCGCCGGCUGGAGGUGGGCGCCCCCUUCUUCCAGGACGGCCGGCUGCAGGCGAAGGUCUACUGGAAAAGGACAGCAGACCCCGGCGCCAGUCGCUACCAGGUGCGGUGGGUCCCGGAGGCCUGUGCCCACAAUGACACCGACCGGCCAGCGGCGGCGGCGUCCGCCACGACACAGGAGAACUACAUGAUCCUCCGAGACCUAGCGUUUUCCUGCAAGUACAAGCUGACCGUGCAGCCCACGGGGCCGCGGGGCCCCUCGAAGGCCGAGACCCUUUCCUUCAGGACCCCGCCCUGCACGGCGCUGCAGGGGCAGAGCCGCGCCCACCUCAGCUGCCCGGGGGAAGCAGGUCCCGACCUCCCCAAAGUGCUGGCCACCCCCCAGGACCUGUCCGCCUCCUUCGCCGUCCAGGACGGGAACGUCACUGGCCACUUCGCCUGGACGACGGCCCAGGCCAACCUCGACCCGCCCGCGACCGGCUUCCAGGUGACCUGGGCGGAGGUGACGACCGAGAGCAGGCAGAACAGCUUGCCCAACAGCAUCAUCUCGCAGUCCCAGAUCCUGCCCGCGAACCACGCCUUCCUCACCGUGCCCAACCUGAGGCCGUCCACCCUGUACCGACUCGAGGUCCAGGUGCUGACCCCCACGGGGGAGGGGCCGGCCACCCUCCAGACCUUCCGGACCCCCGACCGCCCGCCCCCGGGGCACGGGCCCCCCCUGAAACACCACCACCCACACCAUCACCGCUGGGCUCCCCAGAGGCCCUGAGCUGCCCUCCAGGCGGCCGAGCCCUUGGGUGUGCCCCGGCCUCACCCCCAGGAGCCUCUCUCCACCCCGAGGCCUCCGGACACAGCGCCCCACGGGAGUCUGCGUCGGCCUCAGCCACAUCCCCCGGGAGCAGAGAGCACGCACACGCGACCCAGCCCAUGCAAAUUCCGUGUCCAGGCGUGGCGCGGCCAGCUGACACCGCAUCGUCACAGAACCGCGGGCUCCCGGGGCCUCUCCCAUCAGACCCCUGGGGCCAGCGCCCAGAUCAUACUGACUCCAGGCCUCGCCUUCACCGGGGCAACUUUCCAUUUGACCUUCUAAUAGACUAGCAGACCUGCGCACGGAAUUCGUGCACGGGGCGGGUCCCUAGGGCUGGCUGGCGAUCAGGGCCGGUCGCGGCCUUCCCUCGUUCCACGCCGCCCCCUGGUGGCCGGCGCACAUCAUAGCGAACGAUCGAAC